ACCUCCACUCAAGUCAUAGACAUAGAAACGCCUCAGGGCACCAUACACCUCACUUUUAAGCACACGACUUGCGACCUCAUCCACUACCGCUCCCAAGAUGUACACCCUCAGGCCGACGUCUUUCUUCCGUCCGUCAAGCCGCCCCACCUCUCCCGUCCCAGUGCCGCCUGGCCGCCAGGACACUCCUCCCGUGGCCGCGACCGAACGGGUUGCUCGUCCACUCUCCAAGCUCUCCCUCUCCAACUUCAGACGGCCGUCGCCUUCUCCAGCCACAGGUCUUGCCUCCGUUUCGACGGUCGUACAGGAUGGCUCCUUCAUGGAGGUCCUCGGCCUGAAGCUUAGCGAAGCUGUGUCCAAGGCUCUCGCUCAGCCGUCUGGCCCUGGAGUCCCUGGUGAGCUGCUUGGCGGGAGACGGCCUAUUCCUCAAGGUCGUGGGUAUGCGCUCGGCGCAUUGAUCAUCUCUGAGGUUCAAGCCUCUCGCGAGAAUCCGCAUCUCUACCGUGCAGUCAUCAGGACUCUCCAGCGGCCGCUGUCCGUCCUGCUUACCAACAUCUCCACCAAUCUCAUUCCGCUCUUGUCCUCACCGGCAUUUCACACUCCGGCGGCGCCUACUCCACAGGAACCAUACCCGAACGCGACUCAGCUCCAUGCGGUUGCCCUCGCGACCUUUGUUGGCGAGUUGUUGGAAGCGUUCGACGAGAUUGGUCUGGGACUCGACGUCGACACGAGGGUUGAGAACCUGAAGGGCGUCCGCGAGGGUCUUGUCUCGAUCGUCAAGAGGGUCGUCGAGCCUCUCAUCAACGGCAUGAAGAAUGAGUUGAUGCCUCUCCUCGACAGCUUGGAGACUGUCCCUCCUCCCCCGACAGCUACGACCAGCGUCGCUGGGAAGCCCUCCGCGGUUGUGAAGUCUCAGGCUCUUCACCCCUCGAUCGUGAUCCUCCAAGCGCGUAUACCCCUUUACGCCCGCGCACUCUCGCGAUACGUCGCGUCUGCGUACGCAGAGAGUGCACUGGCUUCCUUCGUCAUCUCGCUCGUAUGGCGUGGUCUAGUGGCCCUCUCGCACAGGCCGACACCACCGCAGUCACCUCCGGCAUCGCCUGCCAUGAACUCUACUUCGCUGAAGCCGAAGGAUCCGAGGAAGCCUUCGACAACGCCUCCGGCCACUCCUCCAGCGGGGAAGUUUACCCUGAAGCUGCCGCCUUCGCGCCCUCCGACCCCACCGUCUCCGGGUCUGCGCGGGGCUACCGUUGUAGCGGAUGCCCGUGCUCUGUACAACCUGCUGGACCAGCUCCCCAAGCCGUCUCAGGACAAGGAACAGACGCGCCUAGCACGCGAGGUCGUCGACGAGGCCUUCGAUGGUCUCAGCUCGCUCAUCGCUCUGCUGGAGUCCAUUCAGCUUCACGCGACCCCUGCGCGGCCAGUCGCCCCCGGCGCAAGCCCCAAGGCCCCGCUGGCGGAGCUUGAGGCAGACUUGGAACUCCUCACGGCGGACCUGCCCAUCGUUAUCGCUACGCCAAUCCUGCUCAGGACGUUCCUUCCCGGGGAGCGCCCCGUGCACAGCCUGCUCGGCUUGGCCGAGGCUGAGUACCGCAAGGGCUGCCUGGGCGGUUUCGGGCGCGCGGAGGAGUGCGGCAUUGCGGUCGGACAGCGCGUGCUCGACGUGCUGCGCGCAGACCCCAAUGUGCGCACGCACGAGGGUGCGGACGGGUUUCUCAGGUGGUUGACUCGGGAGCUGGAGGCUGCAAGGGCGGAGCGUGGGGAGGGCGAGAUCGACGCCAAGCAUUGACUAUAUGGCGGAUACGCCUUCGCUUCGGCAUAUGGUUUCGAAUGUGAACGCGAGUUCGGAUGUGUAGCUGGACGUGGUCGUUCGCCAGCGGCAUGUUUUGUCGGGAAUGUUAUCCUUAUUGUUACCGUAGCGCAGUACAUUAUUAUUGGUUCGACCCUCGGGCGACGUUUUCUCAAUGGACGGGAUUCCUGCACACGAACUCGCGUAGAUGUGGACGGACAUCGACUGUGUUUGCCUCUCCAUCGUACGCUUUCGACGUUGUCUUCGCUGCUUUUGACAUUGCUGUCAUCGUGUUUAGGUUUAGAUGUGUGUAUAUUAAUAAGUUAGGAAACC